UCAGUCCGACGACCUUGUGCGAAACAAUUUUAAAAGUCUAUUACUGGUUCAUAUUCUCCAAGCCCGUAACUUGCCGGAAGAACAAGGUGGAUUGCUGGAAAAAGCCUUGUCUGGGUCUGGCUGUGACCCUUACGUUGUCUCAGCAGUAAAUAAUUCUUGGGGUGCUGACCUGGCGAUUACAAGUGCCAAAACUGCAAAUUCGAAUCCCGACUUUUUUCAACGCUUCUUUUUGUACGUGGAAGAUCCGACAACGGCAUCACUGAAGCUUACAGUCAAAGAUCGAAAUCUACUGAAGGGUGAUGAUGUUAUCGGCUCUUGUCAAGUGCCUUUGAGGCUUCUGGAAGAGAAGAUAGGCGACGACGCACCCCCUGCACAGGGCAUUUUGGAAUGGUCAGGAAUCUUGGAUAUUGAGAGUGCUGUGUCAAAUACAAAAAGUUCGGGGACCAUUGAAAUCGAGCUUCAGCUGGUACCUUUGGAUGGCAAUGCCGUAGACAAAGACGAUAGAAAUCUAGACGAUCCGGAUAUAGAAAACAUGAAAUCAAUCACUUUAACCCCUACAGGACCCAAAAGUGUUUUGGAAGGUAUCGAUUGGAAUGAGUUGGGGUCACGUGUUGGAGGAGUAGCAACAGGGUUGGGCCGCUACCAAUUUGCGUGCUUUUUGACAAACGAGGAGACAGACACUCAGGGGGGAAUAUGGUACGACUGGAAGGCCAAGGAGAUCAUUAUAUCCUUUCGCGGGACUCAGAUGGAGUGGAAAGAUCUUUUGACAGACAUGGCGAUUUAUCAAGAAGGUUUGGACGGGCCAGAUGAUCGCCGUCUAGUGCAUGCUGGCUUUCGGCGUGCAUUUCGUUCCAUCCGGGGGGGGGUAGUACAAGCCUUACAAUUCAUUGCUCCUGAUUUAAUCGUUGACGGGUGGACUGUGGAUGUAUGCGGUCACUCUUUGGGAGGCGCAUUAGCCUGCUUGAUGGCCUAUGAGCUGGAUCGACGAAUGCCGGCUCUAUCAGAGGGAGGUCGUCUGCAUGUCUAUUCCUUCGGGGCCCCGCGCGUAGGCAACACUGCCUUCUGCGACGAGUACGAUGUUCGCCUGAAAGAAGUGACGUUCCGAAUUGUGAAUGGUUUAGACCUUGUCGCACGUAUGCCGCGAGGAACGGGACGGUCUGCGGUUUUAAUGGAAUACAAUCAUUGCGGACGCACGGUGUUGCUUACAGAGACAGAAGAAGGGCAAUUUCGUGUCUGGGUGGAGGGAGAGUCGGAAGGAGUGUGUCCACUUAAAGAGGGUGACGCAUUUGCGUCGACCACGGACAAGUCUGUCUCUGAUUUGAGGGCAAUAGCCAUGAAGGGGAAAGGAGACAAGGAGCUCGAAUUUCAAUUGCCUAUAAGCAAGGCCACGUUUUCGAAUGGCACGACAGCCUCGGUCCAGGAGAUGCUGCGGGCAGCUGGUAAUCUCACUAAUCUUGAGGCCAUGCUUUCCUUUAAGCCAUCUACGGAUAUUUUGGCCUCCUUUUCUGGAUCUCCUUCAUCCUGGCCUCCCUCGGGACCUUUCGGUCAGUUGAGUCUUCAAACGGACCUAUUUCAAGUCGCCAACGCCGUCUUCGGGACAGCUCUAAAUUCAACCGCAUUCAUUGGCAAGAGUCUAGGACUUAAUGAGACGUUUAUAGACAGUGAGCUGAAUUUGAUUAAAGGGCUAGUAUACGGUGAGGCACUCGCCCAUCACAUGGAACCAUUGUAUUACCUUGCGCUCGAAAAAGCUUUCGGGGCCGCGAUGAAAAUGGACUCUGCCAGGAAAGAGCAUUGGGACGAAGACCAAAGGUAAUUUGGGGUCGAAAAUCAUUUUUACGCAAAGAAUAUCGCUAUACAUGCAUACAUACA